AUGCUCCUGCCAAGAACGGUGAUGAGCGUGACGAUGAGCACAGUACUAGUAAUAUCCAGCGCCCCCACUCGGCCAUUUGCUGGGAAUAAUGCUUACUCCGUUGAUUUCACGACGGAUGAGACCGAAACCCGAUGGGUGUUCCAAAUUUACGCAGACGGCUACACAGACAAGGACAAAGAGGGCAACCAGAUACCCCUGGACAAUCUGAUGAUCAACAAGGAAUCUAAACGUCUGACCGUUCUCAAAGCUAUGAACGGGCUUGAUACGACAGAACCGCGGCUCAAGAUGCGGCAGGUACUCAAGGAGUGCUGGGAGCAAGCAGGCCUCCAGCCGUCGGAGCUGAAGGAGGUGCUGGGCUACAUGAUCGAGAACACGAACAUGAAGGAAGCUAUUGCAGACUGCCGUACCACCCAAGGUCUAGCAGAGAGCGACUCUUUUGAGGUCACCGGCACAGAUACGGAUGCAAACAAGAAGACGUGUUGGGACAGGCUUGGAAACACAAUCUUCUCAUCCGCUAUUCGGGGGGCUAUCAGGGAUUUCGAUAUCAACAAGCAGCUGAUCAGCAUCAAGGUGGAUAACGGGGGCAACUGGGAUCAUGUCUACUACGGAUUCUCAACAUGA